AUGUCCACCAAAACUGUCACGACCUUCCUUCUCUCUUCCCUCAUCUACAGCACAACCCGUGCCUUCGUUCCCUUGGACAUCCACCCACCCAUCGACAAUGACGACAUUCAGCCUCUGCCCUCUGAGUUCGACACAGUCCAUUGGAUUCCUAUCGCAACUCUCGCACCACUUUCCAUUAUACCUUCACCUGCAUCCUCAGUGCCUACACCUACGCCGUCUCCUGUCAAAGAAGAAAAUGAUUACCAUAUCCUCCCCCUCGGUCUCGACGCCAACGCAGUCCCUGAACUAAAAGUCCGUCAAGUAACGGGCCAGGGCGUCGCCGCCGCUGCUCCUACGGCAAUCAAUCAAAUUAGUCCGAUCACGACAUACUACAUCAACAGCGAAGUUGCUGUGGGUGUUUUCACGCAAGUGCCUGUUGUGUAUACCCAGACUUUCGCGCCAAUUCCGGAUCAAUGGACUAGCGCUGGUCCAGGCACGAUCGGGUUGGGGACCAUUUCGGGCACUGUGGGCCAGGUGAGGAGCAAGAGAAGUUUGCCGACCCAGGCUCCUUUGGCAGAGGGUCACACCAUGAAGGAAGGCAGUGGGAACACGAAUGAGAGACAUACUGGAGGGCCAGAGACCACACCGUGGAUGGAGAAGCUAAAGAAAGCGGGCAAGGAGAUGAUGGAGUUGUUGUCCAACAAGGAGAUGGGGAAGCCGACAAUGGGGCAAGAAGAACACGCUGUUUUGCUUGACGAGGGCGCCGAAUUAUCCGCUACGACCUACGUGGAUGCCUUGCCACCCGAGAAAGAGCAGGAGGAGGCAGACUCACUUCUGGCCACCAACGAUGCGCGCCGCGCUGCCCACGCAGGGACACUGGCUGUUCUGGCUGUGGGCAUUGCUACAAUGUGCGUGAGUCAUCUGUAA